AUUUUCGAGCCUGAGACCUGAAAAACAGGCUCAGGGCUUAACAGGUUAAUAAACACAAAAUUAAAGGAUCUUAGAAAUGAAUUUGAAAAAGCCAUGACAACAAAAAUCUAAUUCAUAUCUUUAACAAAUGACGGGCAAAAUGUGUGAGGUAAACAACACAAACAUUUCCCUCCGGUUAGAUAUAACAAUACAUGUAAUUAUGAGGAUUAAUUAUAUAUAUAUUAUGUUCUUUUUAUUUCUAAAAAAUGUUUAUAUGAGGAUUGAUAUUUAGUUUUUUUAUGCAGCUUAGUUUUAACUCCAUUUCAUUUCUGUAUUUAUACCCUGUAAUCUAAAACAAAUAAAAACAAAAGUAAACAAAAAUAUUAAUGAGGUGAUUGCAUGACUUCAAAAUGCAGAUGCAUUUCCUCUACUGGAGACAAGGGGUUGAUGGGAAGGUAAAGUGGAGUACGUGAUGGAAAGUAGAAUCAUUGGAUGAUCUGAUGAGGAAAGGUUGUGGCUGCUUUGGAAAGAUAUCUGUAGUGUAAAAUAUGAGAACGCCUUUGUACUUUUGUUUCAACCUCAAAAAAGAAGUCACUGGAGAAGUGACACAUUCAGUUUUUCUUUUUCUCUUUUGGUUUCUCCCACUCGUUUUCUGAGAUGUCAAACAGAUUCCUCAAUGUUACUUUACCACAUAUUCAAAGCACUAAAAUAUGAUCAAAAAGCAACCAACAACAUGUAAACAACAAAAAAUCAUGUGUUGGAUUAUUAUAGAAUUACAUAGCGGUUUUACAGAAUCUGACGUUGUUAUUCUCUUCUUUCUCUGCACCUCUAACCUGAGCCAUCUGUCGCCGUGCAGCUCAUCGAAUACAGACUGUACAUCACACACACACACACACACACUCUGCUGUGCCCUUGCACCAUGACAGAUCACAUUUCAGGGCUUAGAGAGGCCAGGUGUUGGACGUUUCAUGGAUCCUCCCGGGAGACACUGAAAACCACACAAGCAUGCAGAAAGCUGCAGAACUCACUCACACACACUUACAGAAACAAAAGACUAGGGUGGCCGUACACACACACACAUCACACACAAUUCUGUUGAACCUCUAAAUGAGUCACAGUUAAGUGAUUCAAUCAGUGUUUAAUUUGAACUCUUAAAACCACAGAAAAAUAAAGCAGGAUGUUUUUUAUGUAUUAUCUCCUGUUCUGUCUUGUUUUACUUCCUGUCGAUGGGUUUUCCCGCCUGUUUGCUUGUCUGAUUCUUUUCACCCUGCCGCCCCUUAAGUUUUUGCUUCCCCUCCACAGCUGUGUAUUGUCUUGGUGAUUAGUACUGUGUAUAUGCCUGUCUUCUCUAGCGUUCUCUGUCGGUUUGUCAUCAAUGUUUCCCUGAUGUGUGCUGUUAUUUCAUCCCUGCCUGAUUCCCCGUGCUUCUACGGUGGCAGACUGGCGCAAACGAUCUUGGGGAUUAUAAAGUUUGCCAACUGUCACUGUUCGCAAAGUUAGUCUGUUUCAUAAUAAUUUGUAAGUGUUUUGUCAGUAUACUUCAAAUCACUAGGUUAGCUAGCUAGCUUAAAGCAGAUAUUCUAUCACAUUGUUUGAAGAGUUUAUCGCCGGCCACUAGAGGGUAGUGUCACUGCUGUCGCUGCCCAGUUAUGCCGUGCUCUGACCCGGUAGUGCUGAGCGGCCAUCUUAGUUCAAACAUUGUUCAUUCACUCCGCCUCGAGUUGAGACGUUCGUCCACUCAUUCAUGGUGUCGUCAUCCUUGUCAAUAAAUUACCGAAACUGACAUUGAGGAGUGUGUUUCUUCAUGACGACACCAUGGUCGUUGUUGGAUGCCCUGUCCCAGGCUGUGAUUUCAAAUCCGAUGACUUGUCUGAAGCACUCGUCAUUGCUAUAUUGACGAUUCAUGGAUGUAGCCACCAGCACGCAGCGCCUGUCAUGGCCGCGCCAGCCCAGGCCCCAGCCCCUCACGGGCCGAGACUCGAUCGGCCCAAAGUUGAUGUGGGCGUGUCAAUAGAGGAAUGGAACGUGUUCAUCCGCCGUUGGAACGUAUUCCGCGCCGGCUCAGGCAUAGGGGACGCACAGGCCCCCUUCCAGCUGUUUCAGUGCGCUGGGCCUGUACUUGGAGACAGCCUGUUGAAAGCCGUCCCCGACGCCGCUUCCGGACCCUUGCCAGACCUGAUCACCGUCAUGCGUUCCCUAGCUGUCAUCCCAGUUGCUACAUGCGUCCUGCGCACCAAACUACUUCAGUUACGCCAGGAACGCGACGAGACAUUCCGCGCAUUCGCUGCCAGAGUGCGGGGUAAAGCAGAGACAUGCGCAUAUAAUGCGGUAUGCGAGUGUGGUAAGGACGUGGACUAUACCGACCACACUGUGACACCAUCGGCAAGGUUCCGCAUGGCCGGCAGAAGGAUCCACGGGAAGCCCUGCGCCGCCACGUUCCACCUUGCCCCUGAGUCACCGCUUCCAGAGUGCAACCGUCUUGAAACAACUACACCCCCUUUCCAGGAUAGCAGGAGCGCCCCCCUCUGUCAGCACAGAAGGCUCACUGCAUGGCAGUACAAAUGCUUAACCGUAACUGGUAAACAAACCCCAUAG